AUGUCCAACUUUGCGAAUCUUCUUCCCAUAUCAUUUAAAAAUGAUAUUGCCGCAUGGUUGAAAGAAGACAUAACAUCCUUUGACUAUGGAGGCUACGUAGUUGGAGAAACUCAAAAAACUUCGAUUCUAUUUGGAAAGUCACCUGGAGUACUGGCUGGGGUUCCAUUUUUCGACGAGGUUUUUCGUCAGAUGGAUUGCAGUGUCGAAUGGUUUCUAAACGAAGGCGACUAUUUUGAACCAAUCAAGCAAGUCGCAAAGGUCCGAGGUAAAGCUUGUGAUAUUCUUCAGGGUGAACGUCUAGCACUGAACAUUCUUGCACGAUGUAGUGGAGUGGCCACAAGAAGUAAGAAAUGUGUUGACCAAAAGAAAGCACAUAAUUUUCAAGGCAUAAUUGCUGGAACGCGGAAGACAACUCCAGGCUUUCGGCUUGUAGAAAAGUACGGGAUGCUCGUUGGAGGUGCAGAUACUCAUCGUAUGGAUCUUUCAACCAUGAUCAUGCUUAAAGACAAUCAUAUCUGGAGCCAAGGAUCAAUUACUAAUGCUGUCGAACGUGCGCGAAUAGUUGGUGGAUUCUCGCUGAAAAUUGAAGUUGAAUGCCGUAGUGAGUCAGAAGCUGAGGAAGCAAUUCAAGCUGGAGCUGACAUCGUAAUGCUUGAUAAUCUAAAAGGAGAUGGCCUGAAAACUUGUGCGAAGACAUUAAAAGAAAGGUGGCGAGGAAAGAAAGAAUUCUUAAUCGAGUCUAGUGGAGGAAUCACGGAAGAGAAUAUUAGUGAAUACUUUUCUCCGGGUGAGUAA